CAUCUUAGUUUUGGGAAUGAUCACAAGGUUUAUCCAUUACUCAGAUUGGAAGGCGUGGGCUUACUUGAGAUAUCUUGUUGUAAUAAAUAUAUAAGACAAAUUCUUCAUUCACAAAACCAAUUUACACCGAGAGGAACGUUUUUCUGGUUCUUUAUCAUAGAUAUCCAUUCUGAUUGUGACUGUGCGACGUCAUUCGUGAUUCCUCUUUGGCAACCAAUGAAAGAGAUGCAUUCUAUGAUGCGGAAUCCAAUUAGAAUCAACAGAGCGGUAUUUGAAUGACUGUGGAAUGGUUCUUUGACACUUCUCACUUGGGCUUUUUGCCGAUUAUAGCUGGCUAUCUAGCGGCCUUGGUUUUAACCAAGCGUGACGAUGUCAUUAGAAGUUCGUUCUGCGGUAACUUUUUACAAUCUGGACUAGCUAAUGUGUUUUUGUGUGCAUGUUACUCACAGCUAACGUUACUGGCGAUAUGUAGGUAUCUUUUAGUUAGCUUGCCAAUUUGCUAUCUAGUAGGUAACGUUAAGCAACUAGGAAAUAAAUGCUGGAAAACGAGCGUAUGCUUUGCCUAAAAUAAAGUUACGUAACCGGGCAAAACAUUUAGCUAGUUAAGGAACGCAGACAACCCAACACUAAUGGGAAAAGCAAACGUAGCUGGAGCAGGAAGGGCUGUGCUUGGAGAGCUGUCCAACUUUCCCAAUGCUUGCAAAGCGGUGCCGUUCAAGAAGACCGUUCCUGCCAAGGCCUCAACCAAACAAUCUAUGAACCAACAAGACCAGCCAGCAGCUGUUUGGCCUCAAGUUCCUCAGCCUGAAGUGUAUGCUAACGUGUCCAUGAAGGAAGAAGAAUUGUGCCAGGCGUUCUCAGAAGCUCUGCUUGCUGUAGAAGACAUUGAUGAAGGGGAUUCAGACCUGCCACAACUGUGCUCUGAAUAUAUAAAGGAUAUCUAUGGAUAUCUGCAGCGCCUUGAGACCCAGCAGUCUGUUCGGGCCAAGUACAUGAGUGGCUAUGAGAUCAAUGGACGCAUGCGUGCUCUCCUGAUUGACUGGCUGAUUCAGGUGCACUCCAGGUUCCAGCUAUUGCAGGAGACUCUCUAUCUGACGGUGGCCAUCCUGGAUCGCUUUCUUCAGGUGCAAACUAUUGGCCGCGAGAAGCUCCAGCUGGUUGGUGUGACUGCCAUGUUGUUGGCGUCCAAGUAUGAAGAGAUGUAUUCCCCGGAGAUAGGUGAUUUUGUUUACAUCACAGACAAUGCAUUCACCAAGGCCCAUAUUCGGGAGAUGGAGCAGCUGAUUCUGCGAAGUCUGAACUUUGAGCUUGGACGGCCUCUACCCCUGCACUUCCUCAGGAGAGCCUCCAAGGCUGGCAAUGCUGACAUUGAGAAGCACACAUUAGCCAAGUACCUCAUGGAACUGACCCUCCUGGACUAUGACAUGGUGCACUACCAUCCUUCUGAGAUUGCUGCUGCUGCCUUGUGCCUCUCCCAGCUGCUGCUUGAUGAGCUCAACUGGACACCAACACAGGAGCACUACUCUACCUAUAAUGAGAACCACCUCAAGCCAAUCAUGGAGCACAUUGCCAAAAACAUAGUUUCUGUCAAUGAAGGGCGAACAAAGCUUCAGGCUGUCAAGAACAAGUAUUCAAGCAGCCGACUUAUGAGGAUCAGCCUCAUCCCUCAGCUGAAGUCUACCUUUGUAAAUUACAUGGCUGCUGCUCUGCUCCAAUAACGUGAAUGCCGACUAAGUCUGCUGCACUUUAUUUUUAAGAAAAUCCAUUGUGAGAUGGUCUUUUGGACUGCUGCUUUUAAGUACAUGUAAAUAUUUAACUUUUUACAAAUAAACCUUGUUUUGAACCCUUUUAAAUA